CGUAAAUCUACCCUCCAUCUCUUCCUCUCUCUCUCUUGUUGAUGAAAAUGCAAGUGAGAGGCCCACUGAUUUGGGUGUUGUUGGUGUUUUACAUCUUUGGACAUAUAUUUAUAAGUCAUAACAAUGGCUUUGUCGAAGCCAAGAGCUCGUCUAAAUUUGAAGAUCUAGAAAUCGAGAAUGAACUAAAGACCAUCAACAAACCCGCUGUCAUGAUCAUCAAGACUAUACAAGGAGAACAAUAUGGAUGUGUGGAUUUCUUUAAGCAACCAGCAUUUGAUCACCCUUCUAUGAAAAAUCACACAUACCAUUACAAGAUGCGUCCCAUAUGGAAUGGAAUGAGAGAAAGAAAGAAAAACAAUACUGCCAACGGGUUUGGUUACUUGUGGGAGAAUGGUGUGGGUUGUCCCAUUGGCACGGUCCCUAUAAAAAGAGUCACCAAAGACGAACUCUUGAGAUUACACUCGUUAGACGAUAAUUAUAAGCCUCGUGGUUCUUGGAGCACUACCACUUGUGAUCCCACUUAUGAUGUUCAUUACGACCAACAUCAUUAUGCGGUGGGUCGUACGAGGAAGAAAGGAAUGGUGUACAAUGGAGCAACAAUGGAACUUUGCAUAACCGCUCCUAAGGUUAAGCCUACCCAAUUCAGUCAUUCUCGGCUAUACAUUCAGAUGGGAGAUGAUUUUAUCCAAACGGGUGUGGCUGUAAAUCCAGUAUUGUACAAUGACAACCAACCUCGGGUUUUCGUCUAUACAAAGGCAGGUGCAAAAUCAUGUUACAAUAGCCAAUGCGACGUAGGAAUGAUAAGUGUUCGUCAAGAUUUUCCAAUGGGUACAGAACUGAAGCCGGUUUCUAUUCGCGGUGCUAAGCAAAGUCGCUAUGAAACCUUCGGUCUAAUCAAGGACCAAGCAAAUGGGAAUUGGUGGUUGGAGUUUGGUAGCAAGGCAGAAGAAAUCGGAUUUUGGCCAUCGAAUAGGUUUGGUCAAAGCUCUGGAAACUAUGUCGAAUGGGGAGGAGAAGUGUACAGCGCUUCACUACCAAGUCCCGAAAUGGGAUAUGGAUAUUUUCUAGAAUAUGAUAUAAUCUACGAUGCAUAUGUCAAACAUAUAUUUAUACUUGACGCUAAUCAUAAAUUUGAUCGUAGUGUGGAUUAUGUCGAGUCGUUUUCAGAUGACAAGCGAGGCUAUCAAGCGUAUAACACGAUAUAUUCUGGAUAUCCUGAUGCCGGCCAUAUAAUCCUUUAUGGCGGUCCAGGAAAUAUCUAAACAAAUGAUUAUAUCUUUGUAUGGAAAUUAAAAAAAUCUUAAAAC